AUGGAGGAGAUACGGGCAAAUGUGAAACUUUGUUUCAAGCAAAAUAUAAGUAAAGAGGAGUUUGAUUUGGAAGCCAGUAGACUCCUUGCUCAUGAUAAUGUGCAUUUUCAUAAUGACUUCUUGCUUGUGAUCCUCACGAGAUGUCAGAUUAUGGUUUCGGCUCCAGAAGGUAUGUCCUCUCUACUAUGGAACAGUCAAUCAGCUGCUAAACCCGGUAAAUAUAAAAGCAAAAAUAAGUUCCCAGCCCUCCGAGCAAAGUUUGAACAUCGUUUCCAAGCACAGAACCCUUUGUCUGGGAUACAAAACUUUGUGAUGAAGGAUGCCCAAGAGGAGGAUAAUGUGAAAUUUUGCACUCACACCAUGGUGCUUCCCACUAGAAGGCAAUUAGAAGGCCGGAUGAUCGUAACAGCAUUUGAAUGUGGGUUGGAUAAUGUUUCUGAAGAUGCGGUGGUGGCAGUGGUGCAUACAUUGGAGAAUCACCUGAAGGACAUCCUCACAGCAGUGAUAUCCAGGAGAGGAUCAUACCGUUUACGUGACGGCCAUUUUAAAUAUGCGUUUGGAAGUAGCAUCAAUCCCCAGCCAUAUUCAAAGAACAGCAUUAUUGCGUACAACAACAUUAUUGACUGGUAAGGAAUAUAUCAAAUGUAUAUUGACAUGUUAAUUUGUUGAAGAAAAUAUAUGGCGGAAAAAAAGAAAC